GGGCGGGACAUCCUGUGGAAGCCGGCUAGCUUCCUGGUAAGGUCCCUGCUUUACUGUGGAGGGAGAAGGGAUUGACUGAAGAGCGGGACAAGGAACGGGCUGUGUAGGAUCCUGCUCCAGGAGCCGAAGUUCGUGGGGCUGAGAGAAGGGGAUCGUCAGGUAAGACAGGAAUAAUGGGCAGUGAGAGGAUGGAAUGGACUCAGGAUUUGACCUUAUAGGAAUGUGAUUACCUAACUCUCAGGAAUUCGGCCUGGGGCAGUGUGCUUGCUGAGGACUAAAGCCUAUUUCUAGGAGAGAGACCAAGGAGAAUGGCACCUAGGAGCCUGAGACCCUCAUCCCAGGAGUUGGUGACAUUCAAGGAUGUGGUUGUGAACUUCACUGAGGAGGAGUGGGGCCUCUUGGACCAUUCUCAAAAAGAGCUGUACAAGGAGGUCAUGCUGGAGAAUAUCCACAACCUGCUGUCCCUGGAUUUAGAGACCAGGUUGGAAGUAAAUGAGGUGACUAGAAAUCUUGGAAUUUUCCUGGAACAACGUGACCUGCAAAGAUUCAUGAAUGAUCGUGCUUGGGACUUCAAGUGGAGAGAAAUCCAUGACUCUGAUCUCAACUUAGAUAAAAAUCCAAAGAGUGAAUAUGAAUUUGAUGAAAUUGGGAAGAGAUUCAGUCAGUCUUGUAUCCUAAAUCACUGUAAGAAAAUGACCUCAGGGAAUGACUGUCUUCAGGAUAGUGAAUAUAGCAAAUGCUUUGCUGAAGAGAGAGAGCCUUUUGAGCCCCAGGAGAAGGCUCCUGUAAUGCCAGUGUAUUCAGGAAAUCAAUGGGAAAUGGCUUGGAACUGGAGUUCAGACCUCAUUAGACAUCAGAAAAGUGAUACUGGAGAAAUGUUUUGUGUAAGUAAUGCAGGUGGGAAGGCCUUGAGUCAGAACUCUAACCUCAUUAUUUAUCAGCAAAUUCCCAUUAGGAAGGAGCCUGAUAAAUAUAAUCAAUGGGAAGCAACCCCAUCCCGUCACUCAUCUCUUCUUUGCCAGCCUAGAUUUCACUCUGGAAUGAAAAGUUAUGUAGAUCUUCAGUAUCAGAAGGCCUUUGGUUGUGACUCAGAUCUUGAUAGAUCUCAUAAGAUUCAUACUGGGGGCAAGUUUUAUGAAUGUCAUGAGUGUGGGAAGGCUUUUUGCCGCAGAUCACACAUUAUUCGCCAUCACAGAAUCCAUACUAGAGAGAAACUUUUUGAAUGUAAUCAAUGUGGAAAAGCUUUCACACAGAGCUCCAGUCUUGCUGUACAUCAGAGAAUCCACAGUGGAGAGAAACCUUAUGAAUGUGAUCACUGUGGAAAGACUUUUACAGACAGGGGCAAUCUUAUUGUACAUCAGAGAAUUCACACUGGAGAGAAACCUUAUGAAUGUAAUCAAUGUGGAAAGACUUUCACACACAGCUCCAGUCUUGCUGCCCAUCAGAGAAUCCAUACUGGAGAGAAACCUUAUGAAUGUAAUCACUGUGGAAAGGCUUUCAGAAACAGGAGCAGACUUGGUGCCCAUCAGAGAAUCCAUACUGGAGAGAAACCUUAUGAAUGUAAUCACUGUGGAAAGGCUUUCACAGAGAAGAGCACUCUUGCUGCACAUCAGACAGUCCACAGUGGAGAGAAACCUUAUGAAUGUAAUCAAUGUGGAAAGGCUUUCACGAGGAGGGAGAGUCUUGCUGCCCAUCAGAGAAUCCACAGUGGAGAGAAACCUUUUGAAUGUAGUCAAUGUGGAAAGGCAUUCAGAACAAGCUCCCAGCUUGCUGGACAUCAGAGAAUCCACACGGGAGAGAAACCUUAUGAAUGUAAUCAGUGUGGCAAGGCUUUCAGAGACAAGGCAAGUCUUGCUGUACAUCAGAAAAUCCACAGUGGAGAGAAACCUUUUGAAUGUAAUCAAUGUGGAAAGACUUUCAUAACGAGCUCCCAUUUUGUUGCCCAUCUGCGAAUCCACAGUGGAGAGAGACCUUUUGAAUGUAAUCUAUGUGGAAAGACAUUCAGAAUGAGCUCCCAUCUUGUUGCCCAUCAGAGAAUCCACAGUGGAGAGAAACCUUAUGAAUGUAAUCACUGUGGAAAGGCUUUCAUAAACAGGAGCAAACUUGGUGCCCAUCAGAGAAUCCACACUGGAGAGAAACCUUAUGAAUGUAAUCACUGUGGAAAGUCUUUCACAGACAGGGGCAAUCUUGCUACACAUCAGAGAGUACACACUGGAGAGAAACCUUAUGAAUGUAAUCUAUGUGCAAAGGCUUUGAGAGACAGGGGCAGUCUUGUUGCCCAUCUGCGAAUCCACACUGAAGAGAAACCUUUUGAAUGCAAUCACUGUGGAAAGGCUUUCACACGCAGAGGCAGUCUUUUUGCUCAUCAGAAAACCCACACUGGGGAGAAACCUUAUAAAUGCAAUCACUGUGGAAAAGCUUUCACAGAAAAGGGCAAUCUUGCUGCCCAUCAGAGAAUCCACACUGGAGAGAAACCUUAUGAAUGUAAGCAAUGUGGAAAGGCUUUCAAAGACAGGGGCAGUCUUACUACCCAUCAGAGAAUCCACACUGGAGAGAAACCUUUUGAAUGCGAUAACUGUGGAAAGGCUUUUACACACAGGGGCAGUCUUACUGCACAUCAGAGAAUCCACACUGGAGAGUAACUUUAUGAAUCUGGAAAGGCUUCCACAACUAGGCAGGGUCUUGCUGCACAUCACAGAAUCCACAGUGGAGAGAAACCUUUUGAAUGUAAUCAACGUGGAAAGACUUUCAAAAGGAGGCAGAAUCUUGCUCCAGGAGACCAGUGGCAAUGGAUGGAAGAGGAAAUGUGGGGGAGAAAGGUGUAAGAAUAUUGGAAAUGUCAGAGAGGGCCAAGUUAUGCAGGGCUUUGAAUGCCAAGCUGAGCAUUUUGUGUUUGUUCCUGGAAAUAGUAGGAAGAUACUGGAGUUUGAGUGGGAGAGGGGUGUGACAUGGUCAGAACUGCAGUUUAGGAAAAUGACUUUGGAGCUGGACUGGAAUGGGGAGAGACUUGAGGCAGGCAGACCCCCUCCCCCAACAUCUAAUGUAAUAGUCCAGGUGUGAGGUGAUGGUGCUUUGUUGAAAGGUGAUUGAGAAAUCUUAACGUGGAGUCUAAUUCAUUAUUUUUUAGGGAAAAAGGUGGCCUGGGUAAAUGGGGAGGGGAGGAGUCUACAGGUCUUUGUUUACUCCCAGGCACAGAAGAAUAAUUGAGAUCUCUCUGGGAAGUCCUCAAUCUGAUUCAAUCUGGAAUGUGGGGCUAGGAUGGGGCAUCAGAUUCCCAAGCUCACAGGAAGGAGUGUCUACUUCGAGACAUUGCUGCAUUGUUGGGGCAGGGCUGCCAGCACUGAACACAGGCCACCUAACUAACUCAGGCUAGGUAAAGUGACCUUUGGACUUUCAGACCCCCAUACUCCCUCCCACUGGGACUAAAAGCAGGUCAAUCAAGCAGGGUGGAAUCAAGUUUGAACUUGCCUGCUGUGAACUUCCUCUGAGAUUAAUAUGUCCAUUUUUCAUGAGUUACCUACAAGGCUCAUGCACUGGACAGAGUAAGCAUGUUUGAUGGAAGGAGCCUGCAGUGAGCCAUAGCCGUGCUCACUCCCAGAUUCCUUUGCUGGUGUUCUGUGGCUGACCUUGCUGUUGUACGCCCCUUCCUCCCCAAACUAGGCCAAACCAGCCUUGCAGUCAACUGUUCCUGGAAAAUCCUCCUUCUCUGUCCACCUGAUCCUGGGAAAGAUCGUCCAUCCUUUUCCCCAACACCUCUCUGAACUUCCCAUUGUGGUUUUCAUGCAUAAAUGUCCCCUGCCCCUCCUUGGCUGUUGGGUUUUUUUAUGGCACUAGUGUCUGUUGUUCUUCCUAAUUAAACCUUUCUGUUUCCAAUCCA